AUGGGGCGAGGAGCCAUGAAUGCACUUCCCAAGCUGGAGAAGAGGGCCUCCAAAGAGUCUUUGGCUAAGAAACGGGAGUCCAAGAAGAAGCCGAGCCCCAGAAAUCCAUUGAAGGAGCUCAACAACAGCUCCAUUCCCCCUCUUGGCUCCGCUGAGCCACCCAAACGGGGAUGUGUCAGAUUCUUGCUCGCCGAUUCAUCUGCCAAAGAGUCGCUCGCCCGAUCCCAAUCAGUGCCAAGAACUCCCAGAUCCGCGCCUCCGAAUCAUAAAAAUGUGGCCUCCAAUCCCAAGAACUCCACGAACGGUGCCAGGUACCGAAUCUCCCAAAAGAACGCAUCAAAAUCCAAUCUUGAACUCCCCAAGGAGCUCGAAUCGAGGAAAGCCUCGAAAUCCAGACCCCCGGAUCUCUUCCCGCGAUGGAACAAAAGGAAACCCAGCUCCAAUGGCGAGAAUCCUCAUCCAAGAUUAAAUCUUGAACGGGGUUCUGAGGGAAAAGUUGGUUCUUGUUUGGCUUCCACGCCCGAGAGAACUCUUCUAGGUUCCGAUUCGGCGAAGGAAGGAGAGCGGAAGCUGAUAAGUACACCGACUUCGGCCACCACUCCUCCCGUUCAAGCAUCCAUUUCGCCGGAGUUCACCGUGGAGGCCUCUGCGGUGGCUGCCACGCCUGUAUGUUUUGCCGCAGGCCAUGUGAUCGCCAGAGUGCACGACCGGCGGAAAUGCAGGCCCAGAGGCAUACUUACCAUCGGCAGAGAUGAACUGGAGAUCGAAAAGAUUCACGGUGGGUGUCCCUAUCCGACUCUGGUUUCCGUGACGCCUCCUCCUCUCGCCCGGGCGUCCGUUCAUUGGCUGUCUUCACCUUCGGAGAUUGUCAGUUCGGGUCUCGGUAGAAGCUUCGAUUCUAGCUCUAAAGUCCUUGCCGCACAUUGUCCUGCUGAAGCUUCUGUGGAGUGGCUUCUUCCCCCUUGUGAGGAUGGAGAUAAUAUGCCCAAAGAUGAGUUCUUGAUGGGAUAUUGGAGAUCUUCUCCGGAUGAUUCUAGCAGGAAGAAGUCGCCUGAGCUUAGGGGCUUGUUGGGCCUCGAUUCUCCAGCUUUAGAAACAACACCAUCAUCAGGUAUUGGCAUUCAGCAAACUCCUCCUACUGGUGGUAGUGAUAGUCCUUUCUCAAUGAUCCUAGAAAGGAUUGCAAAGAUAUCCAAAAGCAAACUUGUGAGGCCUCAACAAGAGAUGGGAGGAUCCUGCCAUGGUUCUGAGGACUCCUCUAAUGAAGUCCAUUUUAUUUGCACACCAUCAUCUUUUUCGAGUUCAACGAAGCAGAAGAAUUUGGCUGAUUCUAAGAUGGAUGCAAUGGCAGAGGCCCUCGAAACAAUUAGCCUGUCACCAAGGUCACUAAACAAUGAUACAAGUUCUCAAGCACCAUUGCCUGGGCUCAGUUUCCAGUUUGAAUGCCUGGAAAACCCGUCAAGUUCUGUAGAUUUAGAUCGUUUUCAGAAUCUCUCAUGUGAUAGGAUCUCUACAUUGAAGGAUGAUGCUUGUGCUAAAGAAGAGAUUUUGCCAAGUUCUCAGGCAAGCAUAUCAUGGAGAGAAGGAACGGUCAGUAGGAUAUUUGAGUUGGGGGAGUUGGAUCACUGUCAGUGGCUUUCGGAAGAUGAGGAUAGCUUCAUUCACCAUGAAGAAGAUAGAGUAAGAUCCAUUCCUGAUCUUGAGCUUGACCCGAAAAAUAUCGGCUCCACUCUAAAGAAACAGAAUGAACAUAUUGCACCAUCCGGUUUUGGAUCUGUCGAGUUUGUGUUUGAAGCUGAAAAGAGUGAAGCAAAAGUUCUUCAUCCACAAGGACCCACCUCAUGUGCAGAAUCCAUUAGCAUAGAGGGGCUUGUGGUGGACUCAUCUGGUGAUUCUGACUGGGCAUUUUUCUACAAAAAACCACUUAUUUGAAGUAUGAGAUGCUUUGCUUUUCUCAGUUGGUUAUCUGAGCCUCUUGUAUUGUUAGAAUAUUAGAUUAAACUUUUUCACGUCCUCCAGUUUCUUGAACUUUGACCUGCCAUUAACUAUGAGAUGAGCUUCCAUGUCCUUCAAUCCAUGUAUACUACAUUCUUAGUUUUAGUAGUUUGAACUACCUA